AUGGCGACCAUUAGCUGUGUGGUUCGUCCUUAUUGCGAGAAGCCAGUUAGAAAUCUAGUCAAGUUUCCUGUUGCCAAGAUUCAAACUGGUAAAUCCAAGUACAUGAUGGCCAAAGUUUACAUUCACGGAGAAAUGGGCAAUGCCAAGGAGGUGAUCCGCAGAUCCAAAGCCAAGUAUCACCUUGACGUUUAUGAUGCAUUGAAAGAUGAGGCCGAACAGCAGGGCUUGUGCACCCAAGGUCUUGGGGGUUUCUUAGUUCACGACGAGCAAAAGAAAUACAUCAAGUUAUAUGGAAAAUCCCAGGCCCUGGGCAAGGCCAAUCAUGAGUCUGCCAAGGAACUCUUGCAAAUGUAUGAGGGUCAUAAGAUCGAUGCAGAAUCUGGCGACAUGGAGUCCUAAUUCGUCUUUUCUCCAAUAUUCAUUUGGGAAAUGUUUAGACCGCGUUGAAAUAAUUCAAGUAAAUGUUAAAAUUACAGUUGGAUGAAUAAAUUGCAAAGAAAUUGAAAGUUUAUAAUGA